CGCGCUGUCCUUGGCUCCCGCGGUCUUUGGUGGAUCGGACGAGGCUGCAGUGAAUAGUUGCUUAGAUUGGCUUAUCUUGGAAUCUACGGGGCAGCACUUAUCCUGAAGAUCAGGUGAUCCUUGACAUCAGCCAUGUCAUCGAGGCCUUUUGAAAGUCCACCUCCUUAUAGACCUGAUGAAUUCAAACCCAAUCAUUAUGCACCAAGCAAUGAUAUGUACGGUGGGGACAUGCACGUCCGACCGAUGCUGUCUCAGCCGGCGUAUUCUUUCUACCCCGAAGACGAAAUUCUUCACUUCUACAAAUGGACCUCUCCUCCAGGAGUAAUUCGGAUUCUGUCUAUGCUUGUGAUCGUGAUGUGCAUUGCCAUAUUUGCCUGUGUCGCCUCCACGCUUGCCUGGGAUAGAGGCUACGGAACUGGCAUCCUCGGAGGUGGUAUAGGCUACCCUUACGGAGGUGGCUUUGGUACCUACGGAACUGGCUACGGCUAUGGUUACGGCUAUGGUUACGGCUAUGGAGGCUACACGGAUCCAAGAGCGGCAAAAGGCUUCCUGCUGGCCAUGGUUGCCUUUUGUUUCAUUGCUGCCUUGGUGAUCUUUGUUACCAGCGUUAUAAGAUCGGAAAUCUCUAGAACAAGAAGAUAUUACUUGACUGUAAUAAUACUGAGUGCUAUCCUGGGCAUCAUGAUGUUUAUUGCCACAAUUGUCUAUAUAAUGGGAGUCAACCCAACUGCCCAGGCUUCUGGGUCUCUCUACAGUUCACAGAUAUAUGCUAUCUGCAACCAGUUUUAUACAGCGGGAAGUAGUGGACUCUACAUGGAUCAGUAUCUGUAUCACUACUGUGUGGUGGAUCCCCAGGAGGCAAUUGCCAUUGUACUGGGGUUCAUGGUUAUUGUGGCUUUUGCUUUAAUAAUUUUCUUUGCUGUGAAAACUCGAAGUAAAAUGGACCGGUAUGACAAGUCGAAUAUUCUGUGGGACAAGGAACAUGUUUAUGAUGAGCAGCCCCCCAAUGUCGAAGAAUGGGUUAAAAAUAUUUCUGCUGGCACACAAGACAUGCCUUCUCCCCCCUCUGACUACGUGGAAAGAGUGGACAGUCCCAUGGCCUACUCUUCCAACGGGAAAGUGAAUGACAGGAGGUCAUAUCCAGACUCUUCCUAUAAAUCAACACCGGUGCCCGAGGUGGUGCAGGAGCUUCCAGUGAGUUCCCCCGUGGACGACUUCAGGCAGCCUCGCUACAGCAGCAGUGGGAACUUUGAGACGCCUUCAAAAAGGGCACCUGCGAAAGGAAGGGCAGGGAAGUCCAAGAGGCCGGAGCAGGACCACUACGAAACAGACUACACGACCGGGGGCGAGUCCUGCGACGAGCUGGAGGAGGACUGGAUCAGGGAGUAUCCACCUAUCACUUCAGAUCAACAAAGACAACUCUACAAGAGAAGUUUUGACACGGGCUUACAGGAAUACAAGAGUUUACAAGCAGAACUUGAUGAAAUUAAUAAAGAACUCUCUCGUCUGGAUAAAGAAUUGGAUGACUAUAGAGAAGAAAGUGAAGAAUACAUGGCUGCUGCUGAUGAGUACAAUAGACUGAAGCAAGUUAAGGGAUCUGCAGAUUACAAAAGUAAGAGGAAUUACUGCAAGCAGUUGAAGAGCAAAUUGUCACAUAUCAAGAAGAUGGUUGGAGAUUAUGACAGACAGAAAACAUAGAAGGCAGACGCCACAACGUUUGAGAGAUUGAGAAGUAUUUGACGUCUCUGCCAUGUUGUCAGAAGGCAAAAUGACUUUGCAUUCUAACCCAGGAAGCCAGACCUUUGUGACGUUACACAGCUUUGGUGGCUUUACUAUCAUCGGUUUAAUAUCAUCAGUAUUGAAGCAUUUUAUAAAUAGCUUUUGAUAAUCAGUGGAGCUGAACACUCCAAUUAAGGAUUCCGUACGCUUUGACUUGGGCUCUUUUAUUAAGAACUGACUAUAGGUUGAGAUUUUUAAACCUUGAAGGCAGGCCCCAUGGUGAACUGUGCUAUGAACUUUCCCACUCAGGCAGUCUGUUCUUAAUACCUAAGUGCACUCACUAGUUCACAUGGGUGAUCUCACCCAUUCCUCCCAGAAUUCUUCUUCAGAACUGUUAUUUAUAAUCACUCCUUGUCAGGUAGGGGACUCGGUCCCUGCAAUGAAGGCUCUGGGGUGAAUCUGCCUGCUUCCUGGCUUACAGUUUUGGUGAAGUCUGUUUUAUGACUUGACUCCAUUAAUUAAAGUCCCUUGGCCUUUGACUUAGCUCCUGUGGCCAGUGCCUUCUGUCAACCUCCCUUAUGAUUUUUUUUUCUGUGUGUAAAUGGUUAAAAGAGCUUUUCACUGUUGUUGUUACCCAGAUAAUAAAGAUCAUGUAAAAAUAACACAUUGUGAAACUUAAA